AUGCAGAACAAGUCCGCUGUGGACAUUGAGCGUGAGCAGGAGGCGUUGCUGGUCAAGAAGUAUGGCGGGCUCAAUCCCCUCAUGAAGCGCAAGCAGCCUCUCAUGCCAAAGGAGCACAAGUACUUCGACAGUGCAGACUGGGCCCUGGCCAAGGAGGGCAAGGGUGGGCAGGGCGGGAGUGCAGAGCUGUCAGAACUGCAGCCCAGGAAGCCAACGGCAACCAUCACGGCGCAAAGGGGCGCGUCCAAGCUGGACGCCUCGCAACCCUCGUGA